UAACAGCUCUUUUAGAAUUUGUCUAGUAGGCUUUCCGGUCCGCACCGGAAAGCCCCCACGUACGUCGUCUGCAACAAUAGAAUCAUUUUCGCGGGGGCGCGGUGCUCUCCGCUUGCUGCCUUUGUUGGGUGCUAGCUGUCUAUUUUCUUCCCGAGAGUUCGCAGUGGGGAGGGUUCGGACGCUUCCGGCCUCGACUGGUGCAGCUUCCCCUCCGCCCCCACCCGGCCAGAGAGCCUGUCUGGGAGGCGGCUCGCUGCUUUGGAGCGUUCUCUUGGAGGCGUUGCACGUGCAUCUUUUGUCCUAUGGCGUCCGCCUCGGCCCAAGCCGCCUCUCUGAGUGCGGAACAGGCCAAGGUGGUCCUGGCCGAGGUGAUCCAGGCGUUCUCGGCUCCGGAGAACGCCGUGCGCAUGGACGAGGCUCGCGACAAUGCGUGCAACGACAUGGGCAAGAUGCUGCAAUUCGUGCUACCCGUGGCCACGCAGAUUCAGCAGGAGGUUAUCAAAGCCUAUGGCUUCAGCUGCGACGGGGAAGGUGUCCUUAAGUUUGCCCGCUUGGUCAAGUCUUACGAAGCCCAGGAUCCCGAGAUUGCCAGCCUGUCGGGCAAGCUGAAGGCGCUCUUCCUGCCUCCCAUGACCUUGCCGCCCCACGGGCCUGCUUCGGGUGGCAGCGUGGCCGCCUCCUGAGUUGGCCCUCCCAUGACACUGCCAGGGAAGGGAAAACCUUGGUGUUCUGGAGGAUAAUAAAUGUGCCUGAGACUUA